AUGAUCACAAACUGGUUUGAACCCUAUAACUUUGUGCUGCUGGGAACUGGGAGUUUCCCGGGCUCGUUUCACUGCGGCUGUGGAAUGAUGGCUGUCGCGUUUAUGUUCAGGAACUUCCCGCGGAGAAGCGACCCUCGCUCUUGGAGUCACAGCUGGCGGCUUCUCCGGGAGGAUUUCUGGAAAAGCAACAGUUGGGCCAGGAGGACAGUAAACAUGAAAAGAACACAUCAUUAUUCAGAUGUUGUCCCAAUGAAGCCGAUUCUCACCACCAGUUACAUUCAUGGUGCCAUGGAUAUGCCACUCAGCCCCAAAAGCAUUGGUCAGUGUCUUGAAGACAUAGUCAAUAAGUACCCUGAUAAAGAAGCACUGGUGUUUCUGGAGGAUGGAGUCAGGAAAACGUUUGGACAGUUGAAGCAGGAGGUCGACCAACUGGCUGCAGGACUGCUCGCCGUCGGACUGGAGAAAGGAGACCGACUGGCCAUGUGGGCACCAAACAUGUAUGAGUGGGUGUUGAUACAGUUUGCAACAGCGCAAGCUGGCAUCAUAAUGGCUAACAUUAAUCCAGCCUAUCAGGCUCGUGAGGUGGAGUUUGUUCUGAGGAAGAUUGGCUGUAAGGCUUUGGUCUGUACCACAAAGUUUAAGACCCAAGUAUACUAUGACAUCAUUAAGCAGUGUUGUCCAGAGCUGGACAAAGCCACUCCAGGGAAUCUGAGGAGCAAAAGUCUCCCAGAUCUUAGGACGAUCAUCAUGAUUGGCGGUAAGCUUCCAGGAACAUACAGCUUUCAAGAGAUCUUUGAAGCAGCUUCAAGCAGCCACCAUGAGCAACUACUGGACUUGCAAAAGAAAAUCUCAUUUGAUGAUCCAGUAAACAUCCAGUUUACCUCGGGUACCACAGGAACUCCCAAAGGAGUUGUCCUUAGCCACCAUAAUGUUGUCAACAAUGCCCGGUUCAUAGGAUACAGGAUGGGCUACAAUUGGCGGAACGCUCGGUUGUGUGUUCCAGUUCCACUCUUUCACUCCUUUGGUUGUGUGGGAGGUACUCUGACCAUGGUCAUGUAUGGGUGCCUGGCAGUUUUUUCCUCUCGAAGUUUUGAUGGCCGGGCCGCUCUUCAGGCAAUCCGGACUGAAAGAUGUACGGUCCUAUAUGGGACACCAACAAUGUACCUUGACAUGUUGGGCCAGAAUGACUUCUCUGCUUUUGACCUCUCAACGCUGGAAGCAGCAAUUGUAGCUGGCUCUCCAUGCCCCAUUGAAGUGGCCAAGAAAAUCAGGGAGGAAAUGAACGUCCCUGAACUUAUCGGAGCAUAUGGGACAACAGAGAACAGUCCAGUUACAUUUCAGGGAUUCCCAAUGGAUGAACUGACCCGGAAAAUAGAAACAGUUGGUUAUGUUUCACCUCACGUUGAGGCUAAAGUUGUGAAUCCCCAAACUGAGGAACUCCUUCCUUUGAACACACCGGGGGAGCUGUGGAUCCGCGGAUACAACGUUAUGUUGGGAUACUGGGAUGAACCAGAAAAGACAAAAGAAUGUAUCACAGCCAACGGCUGGUAUAAAACAGGUGAUAUUGCCACACUCGACCCAUAUGGUUACUGUCGGAUUGUCGGUCGAUGCAAAGACAUGAUCAUCCGUGGAGGAGAGAACAUUUACCCCACAGAAGUAGAAGAAUUUCUGCACACACAUCCCAAAGUACAUGAAGUCCAGGUGAUUGGAGUUCAUGACAACAAGAUGGGUGAGGAGCUCUGUGCCUGUGUGAAAGUGACAGAUGGGAUGAACUGCACAGCUGAGGAGCUUAAAGCUUACUGUAAAGGACAGAUCUCCCACUUCAAGAUUCCGCGGUAUGUAGUGUUUUUGGAUGAAUUCCCUCAGACCCCCAGUGGGAAGAUUCAAAAAAACAAACUGAAAGAGAUACUGGAAAAAGAACUGGGACUUGCGCCUAAGUGAGGGAUGCUCACACCAUUGUCACUGAGGAAAACCAGAGCACACCAUUCGUCCUUAAAACACUUUGAUCCUACUGACCCAGAAACAUUGCCUAUCAUAGAUUACCCUCCCCUAUCAUAGACAAGCCUCCCUUAUCAUAGACAAGCCUCCCUUAUCAUAGACCACUCCCCUAUCAUAGGCUACCCUCACUUAUAAUAGAACACCCUCCCCUAUCAGACCACCCCUCCCUAUCACAGACUACCCUCCCCUAUCGUGGACUAAUCUCCCCUAUCAUAGACCACCCUCCCCUAUCAUAGACUAUCCUCCCCUACUGUAGGCCAUUCCCCCCAUCGUAGACCAUCUUCCCCUUUGGUAUUCCGUCCUCCACUUUUAUAGACUACCCUUCCCAUCAUAGACUACCCUCCCAUAUUGUAGACUAACGUCAGCUUUCAUAGACUAUCCUCCCCUAUAACAGACUACCCUCCCCAUCAUAGACCAUCCUCCCUAUCGUAGACCACCUUCCCCUAUUAAAGACCAUCCUCCCCGAUUAUAUUCUGCCCUCCCCUUUCAUAGACUACCCUCCCAUCAUAGACUACCCUCCCCUAUUGUCGACUAACCUCAGCUAUCAUUGACACCCUUCCAUAUUACAGACUACCCUCCCCAUGAUAGACUGUCCUCCCCCCAUUAUAGACCACCCUCCUACAUCAUAGACAAUAUUCCCCUAUCAUAGACCACCCUCCCCUGUCAUAGACCACCCUUACUACCCUGCCCUAUCAUAGACCACCCUCCCUUAUUAUAGACCAUCCUCCCCUGUCAAAGACAAUCCUCCCCUGUCAUAGAUCACACUCCCCUGUUAUUGACCCCCCUCCACUGUCAUAGAGCACCGUCCCCAUCAUUGACAACUCUCCCCUGUCAUAGACCACUCUCCCCUGUCAUAAACAACUCUCCCCUGUCAUAGACCACUCUCCCCUGUCAUAAGCAACUCUCCCCUGUCAUAGACCACUCUCCUCUGUCAUAAACAACUCUCCCCUGUCAUGAACAACUCUCCCCUGUCAUAAACAACUCUCUCCUGUCAUAGACCACUCUCCCUUGUCAUAAACAACUCUCCCCUGUCAUAGACCACUCUCCCCUGUCAUAGACCACUCUCCCCUGUCAUAGACAAUUCUCCCCUGUCAUACCCUCCCAUCCCCUACCCUGGGUUCUUCUCCAUUGUGGGCCCUACUUCAUCAUGGGCCCCACUGCAGCUUGGGCUCUACGCAAUCCUUUGUCUAAACUCUCCCUGAUUUCCAAUGCCCCUCUGCAGAGUAUUCAUCCCUUCAUCAUCCAAUUUCCAAUAUUCAAUCCUUAGCCUGUCAUCUGUCAUAUCAGCUCUCCAACGCCAUUAUUUGACAUGUCAUUUAAAUGGUUGUUUGGUAGUGCAGAACUUGAGCAUCACUGAAAGAAAACGCAUAUCGAAGAUUUUCAUCUUACACUCAUUAGGACUUUUGCAAGAUGUGAAGAAAGUAUAAAUUGUUGUUCCCUUUACAUUAGGGGCAGAAUUCUAUGCCUCGCGGGCGGGCUCAUGGCCAACCCGAUAGGGCAUAAAAUAGCGCAAGAAAAUGUCAGGCGAGCAUCCCGACAUCAUUCCGCAUGUGCGCAAUCUUCAGGUUGGCGGGCACGCCCGGGUGUCAGAGCCGCGCCAGCCAACAAUUAAAAGGCCACUAGAAACCAAAUUGAUCCCGAUUUUACAUUGCCCAUGCGAUCUUGCGCUAAUUGCACGGACAAAACGGGCAGGCGAGCAGCCAACAUUUUGCAAAAUCUCAUCCAAGGGCACGAUAAAAAGGGUCUUCACCAUUGCCAGUGUGAGUAGUGAGGAGUUUAGGAGAUGUUUUGCUGCUGGUUGCCUAUUUGAACUUGAGCUUCAUCCCUGUUCUGAGCAUCAUCCGUAGCAUUUCUAGGCUUCAUUUCAGGACUCAUUGGUGUCUCCAAGACCCCCAGAGCAUUUUGACCAUGUGGACUCUUCCAGGUAUCUGACAGCUUUCUGUUACCCUGGGAAUGGGCAUUGUGGUCUC